UUGUUUUUCAGAGUAUUUUAUAUCCCUCUUUGAUAACUCCCCUUGGUUUUUAGCUGUUUAUUUUGUUGCUUUUAAUCAAAUGCUCAACCUACAGUGUCGUAUAACUCAUUGAUUUGAGUUCAUAAUUUCUGUCUAGGCUAUAUAUUGGGUCCCCUGAAAGGAAAGAUAUGUGAUGAUAUUAGACCCUCCAUGCCUUUUAGCACAAUACUGUCACCAUCUGGACCACAGCUGAAAACUAUUAGGUACCGCUACAACUUCCUCUUCAGAAUUCCACUGGCUUUCAAGGCAAAACUGCAGCAGAUUCCCAGAAGGCUGAGCCCAGACCCUUUUCCACCAUGAACCGGGCGUUUAACAGGAAGAAAGAUAAGUCAUGGAUGCACACUCCAGAGGCGCUGGCCAAACAUUAUAUUCCAUAUAACGCCAAGUUCCUUGGAAACACAGAAGUUGAUCAGCCCAAAGGCACAGACAUUGUGAAAGAUGCAGUGAGAAAGCUAAAAUUUCAAAGGCAUAUCAAGAAGUCCGAGGGCCAGAAAACUCCUAAAGUGGAACUGCAAAUCUCAAUCUACGGUGUGAAGCUAUUAGAGCCCAAAACAAAGGAGGUUCUGUACAACUGCCAGCUGCACAGGAUAUCAUUCUGCGCUGAUGACAAAACUGACAAGAGGAUAUUUACCUUCAUCUGCAAAGAUUCAGAGUCCAACAAACACCUGUGUUAUGUGUUUGACAGUGAAAAAUGUGCUGAAGAGAUAACGCUCACCAUUGGCCAGGCGUUUGACCUGGCCUAUAAGAAGUUCCUGGAGUCUGGGGGGAAGGACGUGGAGACCAGGAAGCAGAUCGGCGGCUUGCAGAAACGAAUUCAAGAAUUAGAAACAGAGAAUUCAGAGUUGAAAAAGCAACUGCAGGCUUUGGAGGAGCAGUUGAUGCUAGCCCAAGUGUCGCCCCUUCUGCACAUAAACUCUACUAACGAGGCCUACAUGACGUCGAGGCCGUCCUCUCUCUUCUGGUGUCACAACCGGACCUCGUUCUCCUGCUUAGAAAUCUCCUCUGUCACCCUGACCCCCAUGAGCUCUCCUGACUCCACCCUGUCGGCCAGCCUGCUAACCCCGCCCCCUGCUAAACCCUCUCUGCCGAAGCCCAGCAGUGGGAGCAGUCUCCCCAGGCCUCGAGCCGGAAGCCUCUCUGUGAAACCGGCCUCCACGGAUGUUUUUGACAUGAUUCCAUUUUCCCCGGUUCCGCCCCUGUCACCAAUACCAGCCAGCAACGGCACACCCCCCGCCCUGCCCCCAACAGGACCCUCUCAUCCAAGUAAAGACCUUUUCGGCGCGGAGCCGUUUGACCCCUUUACCUGCGGAGCGGCUGACUUCCCCCCCGACAUUCAGUCCAAGCUGGACGAGAUGCAGGAGGGGUUCAAAAUGGGACUAACAUUAGAGGGCACGGUCUUCUCCCUCGACCCCCUAGACAGUCGCUGCUGAUGCCAUGAAGACAUUUUAUUAUGUGCACCUGUUAAUCGUUUGUAUCGGAAAGAGCCAAAAGUGCAUCUCCUACCAAUAUGUAAAUAGUGUCACCUUCUGCAUUUUCAUUUGGAUUUGGUUUAAAAAUACAGUAACGAAGCUAUAUGGGAAGAGUAUGCGGGAAAGCACUAUUUUUGUAAGAACCACGGUGGGGCGUCAUUUGCGCGGCCAUUUUGUUGUGCAGCCAACGUGUAGCUGGGUACUGAAGUCUCUAUAUAAGACAACCCAAGGAGUCUGGCUCUAUAGCAGAUUUAAUAUCAACUUUAAAAUGUGUUGUUUUACUAAUUAAUGCAUUAAUUUCAUUAACUUUGGGAAGGCAGCCUGUGCUCUAUUUGUUUGUCACGUAUGGGUCCAAUGUUUGUGACUCGUUAGCCAUGGAGCUAAACAUCGUGAGACUCCAAUUAUACCGUACCAUGUACUUGCUUUGGAAAUUUGGUAAAUCCUAUAAAUAACUUUUUAGAAUAAUGAUGAAAUGCCAAAUGAUCUGCUUGCACAUUACUUUAUAUGUUUUUGAACACAUAUUUCUAGUUGAAACAAAUGUAUUUCCUCUGAUUGAAUUUUUAUGGGCAUCAAAUCAUUGAGUGUUUUAGUAACCAUUUAGCACAAUAAUUUACAUCUGAUGUAUAUUUGUAUUGCAGUUCAAUUUCUUAUUAUAUAUUUUAGUAUCCUCUUGCACCAGAAAGCACUUUUAAAAACCUGUCCAUAUAUGAUAUACUUGUUCAUUUACUUUGUAUGCAAUAUUUUAGUCUGUAUUAUUGUAGUUAUUAAAGAAAACAUUACCGCAUCCACAGGCAAUUAAUCAUUAUUAAAAUUCUUUGAGUUUUC